AUGCUUUCCAGCUUCAAAAACUUGCCACCGGCUUUCAAAACUGCGUUAUCCAGAACCCAUGUGCAAAGCGCAGGUGUUACACAGAUCCCCAAGAAGCGUAGAUCAUCCACCAUCUUCACAGACAAGCUCAACAAGGGCCCCUCCUUCGACGAUUUCAUAAACGGAAAGGCUGCAGACAUGAUGGCGGUUGAUCCCUUGGAAGCAGCUAGACAAGACCCGGACCUGAGACUCCCGAAGUGGCUCAAGGUGCCCAUUCCAAAGGGGAAGUCGUUUCAUAAUGUCAAGAAAGAUGUAAGAGAAUUGAAGCUAGCCACCGUUUGCGAGGAAGCAAAGUGCCCAAACAUCGGAGAAUGCUGGGGUGGGAAGAAGUCCGAGGCUACGGCUACAAUUAUGUUGCUAGGUGACACAUGUACCAGAGGGUGCAGAUUCUGUUCGGUGAAGACCAACAGAAACCCGGCCAAACCAGACCCAAUGGAACCCGAGAACACAGCUGAGGCUAUCUCCAGAUGGGGGCUCGGUUAUGUGGUCUUGACUACCGUGGAUAGAGACGAUUUGAUCGACGGAGGCGCCAACCACCUAUCUGAGACAGUCAGGAAGAUAAAGCAAAAGGCUCCACAAAUUCUCGUAGAGGUGUUGGGAGGAGACUUCAGAGGUGACUUAGACAUGGCCGCGAUCUUGGCACUGUCCGGGUUAGAUGUUUAUGCACACAAUAUUGAAACUGUUGAGGCAUUGACACCACACGUGAGAGACAGAAGAGCAACUUAUAGACAGUCGCUUUCCAUUUUGGAGAGAGCCAAGCAAACCAAGCCCUCAUUAAUAACGAAGACUUCCAUGAUGCUUGGAUUCGGAGAAACUGACGAACAGGUGAUGCAAACAUUGAAAGAUUUAAGAGAAAUCGGAUGCGAUGUGGUGACUUUUGGCCAGUACAUGAGACCCACCAAGAGACACAUGAAGGUUGUAGAGUACGUUACGCCCGAGAAGUUUGAUUACUGGAGAGACCAGGCUUUAAGCAUGGGGUUCCUCUAUGUGGCCAGUGGACCGCUUGUACGUUCUUCGUACAAGGCUGGUGAAGCCUUUAUUGAGAAUGUCAUCAAGAAGAGAAGACACAAUGUCGGUGCUGUUCCGCGGUUAGAACAGGAAAUAAAGCCAAGGUUGAUGGCAUCGGCGCAGCAGUAG